UGUGCAAGAGUAUUUCCGAGUUGGCUGUUAUUCGUAUUUAUCGCGAAGUAAGUUUUUCUGUAUUCAGUAAAUUUAUAUAAUAGGAUAUUGGUUUUGUAAUGAAAUAAAAUUUUGAACUUAGACCUACAAAUAUCCAUGCAUUACAUAUAGAUGGAAUCGACUAGUAAUAAUGAGAACCCUAACAUGGCGGAACAGGAUCCGCUUGAAGGUGCUAGUUUUCUAUAUCGUACUAUGGUUGUUCGAGAUCCUAGCAAACGUAAAGUAAAACCAGUCGAAAAUCAUAUGCAGUUGCUCGAUUUUGGUGAUUUGGAUGAUAGUUCAGAUGAUAGUGAUUUCAAAAUUGGUGAUGACGUUCCGGAAUCAAAUGAAGAUUCUGGUGAAAGUUCCGCCGGCAAUGAUGACAACAGUGAAGAUGAGGAAGAGGAUGAUGGCGAUCAGAAUUCUGAAACAAAAGAAAAUGUAACGAAUAUUAAAAAUGAUCUCGGUGCAAAAGAUACAAAACCUCCUUUAGGAGAAAUCAGUGAAAAUAUUCAACAGCCUAAGUAUAGUGAUGCGUCAGCCAAGAAGUUAAAAGUACUGAUUUGCAGUGUAUGUCUAGGAGAUGUAAGUUUACUCCCUCGACAAAAUUCGGAAAAAAUGUUAAACGAUGAUGAUGAUGAAAUUGUUGAAUGUGAUUGUUGUGGCAUAUCUGUUCAUGAAGGCUGUUAUGGAAUCAGUGAUGUAGAAACAGCAGUUAGCACUGUGUCAUCCUAUUCUACUGAGCCUUGGUUUUGUGAUGCUUGUAAGGCAGGGAAUAUGAGCCCAACCUGUGAAUUAUGCCCUAACACUGGUGGAAUUUUUAAAGAGACAGAUGUUGGCAAGUGGGUUCAUCUUGUAUGUGCAUUAUACAUACCUGGUGUUGCCUUUGGAGAUGUGGACAAGCUGUCUCCUGUCACUUUAUUUGAAAUGCCGUAUUCACGCUGGGGUGCCAAAGCUUGCUCACUCUGUGAAGAUGACAGAUUCAGUCGCACUGGUGUCUGCAUCAAUUGCGAUGCAGGUAUGUGCAGAACCUAUUUUCAUGUUACAUGUGCUCAAAAAGAAGGAUUACUAUCUAAAGCAUCUACAGAAGAAGAUAUUGCUGAUCCGUUCUUUGCUUAUUGCAAGUUACACUCUGAUAAAAAUAUUUCCAGAAGUAAAAGACGUAAUUACUUAGCAUUGCAGUCACAAUCUAAAGAACGUCACUUCAGUGAUAGUAUUAUAACCGAUGAGAAGGCAAGAAUAGAAAGAAAACUGGCGUGGCAUCGAGAUCGUUAUGUUGCAGAUAAAGAGAAAAGACCCCAACCUUGGGUGCCUACACAAAAGAUGCCUCGCUUGCUGACAACCAGUCCAUCUGCUUGUAAGAAAUUGAUAAAGAAAGCAGAGUUAUUGGGCUUGAGUCCACAAUUACAUUUGAGUGGAAGUGAUUUUGGUAUGGACAUAAGACGUAAAUGGCACGUUCCACCUGCUUUCAGUGCCGAGUUUGUGUCGUAUUACCUAGACCGAAACGUGAGAAUGGUAUCAAUGCAGCACAGAUUAGAUGAGUUAUUGCAACAAAAUAGUCAGCUUCAAGAACAAGAGCAAGGUUUGCGACAGAAUUACGAGAAAUUAGUUUCAGAAGUCGAUGCACUUCGUAAGGAAAAUGCGGAUUUGACGGAGAAUGGCACCCAGUUUUGGAAGAUAUUAUGCGAUUUGAGCGGUAAAAAAUAUCCUCUUCCGGAUGUCCUCCAGCCAAAACCGGCAAUCAAACUGAGCAAGAGCAAGAAAUCUGAUGCGUCGGGAUCUGUGAUUGUAGAAUGCAGUAUCUGCCACAAGUCUCAUGACCAGCAUCAGCUUGCCAAAUGCGACAGUUGCAAAUUGCACUAUCAUUUAGCCUGUCUAGACCCCCCGCUCUCUCGUAUGCCUAAGAAGACAAAAUCUCUGGGAUGGCAAUGCAGCGAGUGUGACAAGACGGAAGAAGAAGAGCAGCACGACGAUGUAGAUGCCAAUGCUCCGCGGAAGCUCCGGUGCCAAUUGAAAGAAAAGUCCGACCAGGAUAGGCCGCGAAGGGGUCGGUCAUGCAAGAAGGCAUUGGACGACACCAUUGGAUCUGAGGGGAAAGGAGAGAUCUGGAUAUCGUCCGGUGCGGAGGAUGACCACCCACAAGAUGGAUCCCGCCCUAGGUCGGACUCACGCAGAAAGCGACGUUCUGCGGACAUUGGUUAUCGCAAGUCCAGGAGGAGGAGUAAUAAGCGAAAAUUGCAGCGAGAAAGCUGGGGGGAAGACGAUGGAGUGAGUGAAGGUACAGAAGCAAAGACACCCAGACAUUCUACUCGUAGAACAUCAUCUAAUUAGUUGUCCCAUUUAGUAUGUGUUCAUUAUCAGGCUACAGGAGGCUUUUAAAAUUGCAGUGGUAUAUUUUAUAGUUAUGUUUAUUAGUCUAAAUUUUUUAUUUCAAAAAUUUUGCAGUUCAGUACUUCCAUUUAAAAGUUGUCAACAAAAUUAGCAUUGUGUCAAGUGUGAAAGUAAAUUUCACGUUAGAAUUGUGGAACUUUAUAUUCCCUGUCACUUUCACAUGGCUUUGAUAGUGAACAGAGCAUCCAUUAAGUUAUAUUUUGUCAAAAGUGUCGACUUUAUGCAUACAAUGAAAAUGAACUGGUUAAUAAUUAUUAAAAAAGACUUUGUUCAGAGCUUUUUUACCAACAUCUAGGUUAUCAAAAAAAGAUUGAUCUUGAUUUCCCCCUCCUGUGUAAUUAAAGUUUUCUGUAGUGUUUUGCUAGUGAUCAAGUGCAUUAGUUCGAUGUCAGUAAAUGUGUAUGCUAUUUAUAUAACCAAAUUCCCUGUGUUUAAGAAAAAAUUCAAUUUGUGCUGGAUAAAUUUAUCAAAAUAUUCCUUUUCUAUAUUGUAAAUUCCACAGAUUGAUUUUUUUUUCCAACUUGAAUGUUUUAAGUUAUUAGUUAGAGUAUUUAUUUUAGUUUACAGUUGAAGUUCUGUGCAGGCUGAGAUCCAGAAGAUCAAACUUCUCCCCCUUUAAAGCAAACAAACAUAGUCUUAAACUAUUUUAGAGGCAGCUAAUUUCUAAAAAUAUCAAGGUAAGGCCUCAAAACUUUUUGUGCUCAAAUUUGGGUAGUCCAUCCAAAAUCAGAAGAUGAAUCUGGCCUUAAAUUGACAAGCAAUUGAUAGUAGCACAGUGAUGAGUAUCAUUCACAUUUGCAUUACAGCAAGGUUAGGGAAACUGCAGUAAAAAUUAAGGGUAAUAAGUAAUAUUUUAUUAAGAUUUUUUCAGUUAAAACUGUUACAGAAAAGUUGCAAUUCUUCAUUAAAUUCUGUUAGUGCUCACAAAUUUAAGUAGCUUAAUUUGUAAUUGUAGUUGAAUUUUCUACACAUAUAUAUGCAAAUGAAUGUGCUUAAAAUAAUGCAAUUAUUGACUUACAUGCUAUUAAAGACAGCUUUUCAACUGAAAAAAGAUAGUUUAUUAUUGAGACUCCUUUACAUCUUUAGUGUAAGUUUUCUUUCUUGACUAGAGUGACGACCGUUUUAUUCUUUGUCUCUAAAUACCACUAAAUAAACAUUUUGCUAGUUUUAAAAUAUAAGUUCUUCUAUUUUAUCAAUUCAUUGUUCUUCUCUCUAGGAUUUAUUUAUUUGUUAAAAUAGAUAAAACCGACACAGAAAGCAUUAAGAAAAAAUCAGCUAUUUAGCUUUCUAAAUAUUACGUACACAUUUAAUAUCAUUUUGUGGAGUUAAAAAUGGAACUGAAUUUAGUAACGUAGUUUAGUUAUGCAAUUUUCUUUUCAUAGCAUUACCAACUCUUACAUACUUAAGUUUUUAUGUAAUAGAGUUAUUUAAAAUAUUUUUUAAAGUAAACUUUUCAAUUAUUCAUUGAUUUAAACUAAUUAAUAUUUAUAUUUAUGCAUUAAUAAUGCAGGAAAUACAAAUUUAAUAGACAAUCCCUUUAGCUUUAGCAUACUUUUGGAUCGUUUUCGAUGGUAAAAACUAUCUGUCCUGUCCAAAAUCGGUUUAGGACAUCCAAAACCCCAACCCUGAUUUAUAGUACUAGACCUUUUUUUUUUUUGAAAUGCUAUUUACUUUUUAAUCAUUUAAUCUGUUGGUACUUUUCCAAUAUAAAUAAUAUAGCUGCGGAGCCGAAGAGAAAUGAGAUUCCUUGAAUUUUUAGAGCCUCCAUCUCCUUUACUGCAAAAUCCUUUACCCAAACUUGCAUUCACUAGCAAAAUUGAGGUCAGUCCUUGAAAUUUUAAACCAAACCACCGACUCCUGACUGCAACUUUUUUUAUCUAAAAUCUCAACCCUGAUACCCAGUAGCAGAAACUUUCUAGCCAGUCUGCGACACUAUUUUCGUUAGUUGAAAAUAAUCUGCAGCAUUAUUAUUAGUUUUAUUUUAAGUUUUCAUAAAAUACACAAGUCCUUUGUGAAGGUCAAGACUUGGACAAUUUCCAACUGGCCAGUGGCCACCACUGUCGCUGAGUUUUAAAGCAUUAAGGGGGGGGGGGGGGGAAAGGCAGCAGCCUUCACUACUUUCAUAAAAAUAAAUAGAACUCUACACACUAUGAAAAACAAUUAUUCAAGAUAUAUUAAUUUUAAUAUGGGAAAUUUGCGCUGAAAAAGGUUUUUAAUUUUUUAAAAUUAGUAAACGAGAAGUUGGCAGGAAACUGCACUUUAGAUGAAAUAUUUAGCUUAUAGCAAAGCCUUCAAAUGAAUGAGGAUCAAAUACAACUGUGCAGAUAAUAAUUCGCAUUUUUCAAAAAAAUAUUUAAUGAAAAGAAAAAGAAAUGAUUUAUUCAACAUUUUAUGUUAUCUUCAAUAGUUUGUGUUGAGGUCCAAUUCUGUUUUUGGAAACUUGAGUAAGUAAUAGUAUCGUUUAUUUCCAUCUUGCGAAUGACCAAACAUGGCGUCUAUGCGAAAAAUUUAAGGUUAUGAAUAGAUAUUUGAAUUUGUUACAUAAAAGUAGUAAUAAAUUCAAAAUCUUUAAAAAACUACAAUUUAGGUGAAAUAGUCAGUUUUUAGCACAUUAGCCUCUAAUGCAGUUAAGAUAAUAUUAUUCUGAAGAUAAAAUUUUGCAUUUUUAAAGACAAUAAUUAAGAAUUAUCCGAAAAAAGUGGCACAUUUUGCAUAAUUUUCAACAGUUUGCAUUGCAAUAAACAUCCAAUUCCGUUUUUGAAAACGUAGGCACUUCAUGAGUCUUGCGUACCAACAUCUUGGGAAUGACCAAACAUGGUGACUGCGCUAAAAAUUAAGAUAUAAAUUUCUGAAUUUGUUGCAAAAAAUAUUUUAAAAAUAAAAAUCUUCAUGAGACCAAACUUUAGUUGAAAAGUUUUAGCGCUUUUGCGUCCAAAGAAAUGAGGAUAAGGUGAAAUUUUCACAUAAAAUUUUUCAUUUCUCAAGAAAAUUAUUUUAAAAAAUGAAAAUAAAAAAAAGGUUUGCUGCAUAUUUUAAGUUAUUUUCAUUUCUUGGCAGAAAAAUAAAACAUCCAUUUCAUCUUUGUUUUUGAAAACUUUUGCACUUUUCUACGUCAAUUUUGUGAAUGACCAAAUAUGGCGACUAUGUUCCUAGCUGAAAUGCUAAAGCAUCCAUCGCUCAAAAAGCGAUCUACAAACAAUCUUUGCCAAGUUGUAUUUCUUUUUUUUCCCCCUUUAAUUUCUUUAUUUUUUCUUUCUUUUUGUUCUUCGGUAAAAUUAUCUGCAGGCCGCCGAAAAAUCUGCGACGCACUUCUCGCGACUCGCAGUUUCUGCUACCAGGCCCUGAUAGAUACUAUAAUUGCAUUAAUGGUUAAUUGCUUUAAUGGUACUUGGUGACUUGUUUAAUUUCUAAAUUCCAAAAAAAAUAUCAAGUUUCUAUCACGCUUGCUUCUUAUGCUUUAAUUUUUUGUUUUAAGGGAUCUUAAAUGACUUCAUAUAUUUAUUUGGCGAAUUAUUUACACUUAAAUGGAGCUUUUAGUGCUGUUUGUUUAGCUGGCGAGUUAUUUCAAUGGAACUUUUCAUGUUAUUUAUUUUUAUUUUAUUUUUUUGUUUGGUGGAUUUUAUUACUUUUAAUAGUGUAAUUUAAUUAUUUAAUGAUUUUUUAAAUUUCAUUUUAUUUAAACUUUUAUUAGUUAUGUUUUGUUUUAAAAAUUCAUUAAAAAGAUUAAAUAAUGUAAGGUAUCUCCAGACAAGUACCUUGUCUCAAGCUUUGACAAAACAUGGUGGUAAUUGAUAAAACUGUAACACUAGUACUUAUAGCUGAAAGUACCAAUCUCUCAUAGAAAACAGCAGAGUUCUGGCAAUGUGGUCGUGGCGAGUUUUCCCAAGUCUUGGCUUCAAAGUCAUUCCCUAGGUUCCAUUGAAAUUUUCGCCAACUAAAUCAAAACACACUAAGUAUUGAAAGUUCCAUUAAGAUGUGACAGAAUUCGCCACUCUACUAUAUAUUGCCAAUCUCGCAAAACGACCAUGUUGCCAGUAUCCUCCCCCCUCCUCCCCCUGGAAAAUGUCUGUUCUUCAUCCUCAUUUCUAUUUUCUUUGAAAGUUUUUUUUUUAAUUUCUAUUUUUCUGAUGAAAAUUAGCAAUGGAUAAAAAUGAUUUUGGAUAAGUUUCAACAUGAAGUAAAUGUUUUGAACCAAGGUUAUUAAAUGGUCUUAGGACAAUUAGUAAUAAUCCCAUUUGAAUUAUUUCUAUUUCGGGUGUUAAUUUGCAAGUAUGAUGGAUUUAUAAAGAUCCACCCGAUUCUAUUAGUUAUUUUUGCUGAUGUUUUGAAAAAUAAACAUUGAGUAUGGCAGUAUAAAAUUUGAACUGAAUUGAUUAUAUUUUGUUAUAUGUAACAUUAGCUGGAAUGAUUUAUUUUCCAUACAUGCAUGAUACGUGUAAAUGCUUUAUCAACUUUCCACCUGUCAUAAUAAAUGUGAACUGCGAUUUUGUAUUACCAAGUUCAUGUAAUUAAUUGUUAGCAAUAAAUGUAUGUAGAUCUGUCUGUGUUUGUUUAAAAUUGUGUACAAAGAGCAGUUUUUUAGUUCAUUUUUAUUGAUUUUGUUGAGAU